AUGUUCGAGAUAGAUGUCGUAGACGUAGAGGUUUUCAUUCCUAGUGCGAAGGAAGCCAAAGCUAACCCUUGAAUUGGUGCGGAGAAGUUGAGGGUUGAGACGAUGAGGAUUUCAGCCGCUCGAAGAACAAUGAGGUGGUGAUGGUGUCAGCCGUGCGGUGGCUCGGCUGGGCUGACAGGUCGUGUCGGAUCCGUACGGGUGUAUUUGCGGGGAUGCUAGGCUGUUCUUCCACCAGAUCCACCUCAAAUCACGAAACCCAAUAUCUGCUUAGUUCUGAAUCGCUUUCGGUCGCACUUUUGCUGGAGAGGACGGUGAACGAGCUGAGGCAAGUACCGACCGCUAGCUUAUACACAUCCUGCGCCUCUCAUCUCCUCGUAUACACUCCUCCGCGCUACUCCACCCCAGCACUGUGCCAUCCUCCAGCCUUCGUACAGACAGGGCACCGUUGCGCAGCGAUCGUCUGUCAGCGGGAAUCGCCCUGUGACACGCAGGCCUAACAGAAUACGGUUGGUCUAGGGAAAUGCCAAGCACUCGGUACAUAGUUCCAUUGGAUAAGGAGGUGCUUUAGUGAAGAGGAUUGGGGGCCAGCAUUGGUGACGCGGACUAUUUUUGCACGUUUCAAGCGUGUCCCGCGACGAAUAGUGCGCCGUGCACUGAUACUUUGACGAUCUGCCAUCAUCUCGGUAU